UGCCGCUUUUAAACUUUAAUGAUUAGUCGCACGCUCAACGUUCUCAGUCCCGCAGCGUCGUCUCGUUAUCGCCAUCGCCUUCGGUCGCUAUUUCGACGACGCCUCUUCAGUGCCGACAAUCCAGCCGCCCGCCCGCCCGCGCAAUGGCCAACCCGAAAGUGUUUUUCGACAUGACCGUCGACGGACAACCGGCCGGCAGGAUCGUUAUCGAAUUACGAAAAGACAUUGUGCCAAAAACUGCUGAAAAUUUCCGUGCCUUGUGUACUGGAGAAAAAGGUUACGGUUACAAAGGUAGUGUUUUCCACCGUGUCAUCCCCAACUUUAUGUGCCAAGGAGGUGACUUUACCAAUCAUAAUGGCACUGGAGGCAAAUCCAUCUAUGGUGCCAAGUUUGGUGAUGAAAACUUUACCCUUAGACAUACUGGACCCGGUAUUUUGUCAAUGGCUAAUGCUGGUCCAAAUACCAAUGGUAGUCAAUUUUUCAUCACUACAGUCAAGACUACAUGGCUAGACGGUAAACAUGUUGUUUUUGGAUCUGUUACCGAAGGUAUGGAUGUCGUAAAAAAAUUAGAGAGUUAUGGAACUGAUACAGGAGAGACCAAAAAGAAAAUUGUUGUUGCUAAUAGUGGAGAACUUUAAGCCUUUUUUUUUUUACAUAUAUUCGGUAAUUAACAUUUUCAUUUAAAAAUAUGCUGAAUUUUGUGUUAACUUUAUUCAGGAAUUGGAAACAUUCCAUCUUUUUUAUUAUUAUAUAAUUACCUAAUUUUCACCUAUUUUCUUAUUUUUUUUUUUUAUUUUACUUUUGUGUAUGAAUAUCUUGAAUUGUUUAGAAAAUUAUAACAAGCUGAUGAUAAUUUUUAGAUGAAGAAAAAAAACCAUUAACAGUUAUUAACUAGUUCUCUUCGAUAUUUUUUUUUCAUCUAGUGUUACAACAGUGGCUAAAAAAAAAUAAUAAAUAGCAAUUAAAAAAACUGA